UGGCGAGCUCAUGGUUGUCUGUUGCCGCUGGGACAGUUGUCGGAGUCGGAAUCGCGUUAGCUCGACGGUACUUCGCGGGUGGCGUUUGUCGCAGUACUGCGUUGAUGGCUGGCAAAACGGUACUUAUUACUGGUGCGAACUGUGGAAUUGGCAAGGCAACGGCAUUGGAUCUUGCCAAAAGGCAAGCGAGAGUAAUCAUGGCUUGCAGAGACUUAAAGUCCGGAGAAACAGCUGCUAGAGACAUCAGAAGGAACACUCAAAACGGAGAAUUGGUCGUCAAACAUUUGGACCUCUCCUCUUUCCAGUCAAUUCGGGACUUUUCCUCUGAGAUAUUAAAGGAAGAGUCACGGCUAGACGUGUUAAUUAACAAUGCCGGUAUCUUCCAGUGUCCGUUCAUGAAAACAGUGGAUGGUUUUGAGAUGCAAUUUGGGGUAAAUCACCUAGGGCAUUUCCUUUUGACCAAUCUCUUACUUGAUUUGCUGAAAGCAUCAGCACCAAGUCGGGUUAUCGUUGUCUCAUCAAGUCUUCACAAGAGAGGCGUUAUUCAUUUCGAAAAUUUGAAUAUGACUGAGGAGAACUACGACAAAAGAGCCGGCUAUAGCAACAGCAAGCUUGCCAAUGUAUUGUUCGCGCGAGAACUGGCACACCAACUUGACGGCACUGGCGUCACUUCAAAUUGCCUUCAUCCUGGGAUUGUAUGGACUAAUUUAUCCCGACACGUCAGUCCUUCGCGCUUGGUUGUACUGCUUUUUCGUCCUUUGAUCUGGCUAUUCCUGAAGACGGCUCACCAGGGCGCACAGACAAGUAUUUAUCUUGCCGUCGAUCCCGAGUUAGAAAAAGUCAAUGGGAAGUAUUUCGGGGAUUGUUACGAAAAACCGUUCCACCCCGUGGCACAGGAUGAAGGCGUUGCGAAGAAACUGUGGGACAUCAGCGAGAAAAUGACAGGUCUUUCAUAA